GCAGUUUUGUUAAGCUAUACCAAUAACGGUCAGCGGAUCUGAGUCGACCUUGAAGCUAUAUAAACAUCAUAAGUCAUUUCCGUUCAAUUUGCGAAUAUGGCUUCUUUAAGCUGUGGUUAUAAGUGUCUGCAAACCAUUUUAGUGAUAUUUAAUAUCCUUGUACUCGCAUGUGGCAUUGCUUUAGUAGUCAUCGGAGGUCUAGCUCAAUAUUCGAUUGAUCACUAUUCCGCCGAUAUUGGCUCAAACAGUAGAGCUCUCGUUAUUUUCGUACUCGUACUUGGAUGCUUUCUGUUUUUACUUGGAGUCCUUGGAUUUUGCGGAGCAUGUACCAAAAAUACUUGUUGUCUCAUUUUGUACGCGAUUUUGCUCUCUGUUAUGGUUGCGGCUGAGAUAGCGGCAGGAAUAGCAGCUGCCGUGCUAAAAGAUGAAGUGAAAACACAAUUUCUUUCAUUGGCUAAGAACGCUGUAAAAGAAUACAGUAAAAACCCAAAAACUAAGGAAUUCUUAGAUAAGAUACAACAAGAGUUUCAAUGUUGUGGCUCUGAAUCAGCAAAUGAUUACAUUUCGAGUGCACAAAGUAUUCCUGCUUCUUGUACAAAUCCAAGCACUUCGCUUCCAUACUCCGAAGGCUGUGCAAACAAAUUGGUUGCCUUCUUUGAAAAGUAUAUUAUCGCUGUAAUAGUAGCGGCAUUUGUAUUUGCUAUCAUUCAAAUGAUGUGUAUUGUUUCUACUAUAUGCGUUAUUCAAGCUAUCAAAUCUGGUGAUUCGGAUUAAGAUUAAAACAAGUGAAGGUGUAAAAACACUAUAUUGAUUUUUUUGAAAAGCUUUUAAAGUGAUGCAGUUCAAUUUCCUUUGUUAUAUAUAUUUGUAUUUUAAUGUUAUUUAUUAUAAAUAAAGAACGGAGUCAAGUAUUUUAUUCAUAAACACUGGAUUAAAACAUAUAAUUAUUAUUAUUAUUGGUUAUCGGACUACAGAUUAUAAUAUUGAUCGGAAAAUAUAAUGUCUAAAUAAUC